UCUCUCUCCCCAAAAUUUGUGCAUCGUCGUCCUGCUUCAUUGAAGCCACUCAGCGCCGAAAGUCGUCAAAAGGGACACAUUUGUAAUGCACGCUGGCACUUUAGGGAAUGUGCGGGUCGACCGUCAAAUCAACCGGGCCCGCAGCAUCUCUCAAGCCUUCUAUCGACGCUGACAAGACGCGCUCGAGCAUUUCGACUUCCAGUUCAGUGCGAACAAUUUUGGCAGAUGUUGUACAGAAGGAUUUGGUGCGCCCGUCAAAAAAUUAUCUGACGACAGCACUUUGCAUGGUGGACCAUUGGAGCAGGAGCAGGCGGGGGUCCAGAUGGUCCCUGGUGGUAGGUAGGUGGUGCGGGUACACGCGACGGACUGACGGGUAUACGGGAUGCCUCUUGUCACGUGUCGUAGUGCUUAGUUCAAGAGUUACGGCUCCGCAUUCUACAUUUUCGAUUCGUGAUUUCAAGAUUCACAUUUUUGAUUCAAAAAUGCAUCCAAUCAGAAUCGGACUUGCGUGUAUCGGGUAUUGGAGCCUCAAAAUAGGAUGCCCUCGUCACCACCCAUCCUUGCGCAAGACACGUAUACCAUGGCGCUACACCGAUGGCGCGCUCGAGUCGUCAGCUCGGACGUGCGAUCAAGAGGGGUCCAGGCAAGCCGACACAAAUCCAAAUGGUGAGUCGAAUGCGUGAGGACUUGUGAAUUAUAAGGGACAAAAUGCGCGGGUGAAAGGCGGGGAUUAGACGAAGCUUUCGUUGCGGGGCAGAGUCGUUACAUGAGACGCAGAAAGAGAUGCAGUGUGGGAGGAGGGGUGGUGGGGAGUAAAGAUGUGGCGAAGCGUCCCUCGGGAGGCACAGUGAGCUUGUGACUCGAUCGCCGAGAGUGAGAGGCGGGUACUAGUUGAUGGGAAGGGCAGAGCAGCCGAGGUUGAUCAGGCCAUUCUGGGUGACAUUUUGGCAGCAUCUGUUGCAGAGGCGAGGGGAGGAGCACAAAAUUACAGAAGA